AUGUCUCGAUUCGAAUGUGUUCUUUGUGGAAAUCAUACCUUACUUCAUCGAUAUGGACCCGUCACUUGCUCUAUGUGUAAUACUUUUUUCCGAGGUGCCAUCAGUGGAAAUGUGGUCCUUGGGAAAUGCUUGAGUGGUUGUUUUCGGAGGAAGGUGUUUGACUUUAAAAUAAUGUGUCGCGGUUGCAAAUUGGGACGAUGUCUGGCAAGUGGGAUGGAUCCAAAAAAAAUCUUCCACCGCCCAUCAACCCCUUUCCAAGACCGAAUUAACACAAAAACCGACUUCGAAUGCCUCAUAAAACUCCAACACCAUCAAAAACACGACAACCGUAUGAUGAAUCGAAUAACUAUCGAUCGUAUAUGCAGCAGUUAUCUUGUACAGAUGAGCAAUCACAACUACAAUCGCGCCAGUUUCCAAGACAUCAAUAUGGUCCUGAAAAUGGGAUUACUGGAUGCAAAACAGUUUGCAAAACGUUUCGAAUCGUUUGAAAAUUUGAAAUUGAAAGAGAGAAAUUUGGUUUUAUCAGAAUAUGGAAUUGCUUACAUGCUGAUAGAUCAAGCAUUCAAAACUGCGUUUCAUUCCAACGACAAUAAUAUUUGGUUGCUUCAAAAUGACUCAUUUUUUCAUAAAGAGCUAUUUUUCAAGAUUCCAGUAGAAGAUAUGAAAUCAGAAGAUAUUUUCAGACAGAGAAGAUGUCACUUUGAUUUCGUUCAAGCGCUGUUGAGAAAUCUUGUGACACCAUUUCGAAAACUUAAAAUUGAUGUUUUCGAAUGUAUGAUCUUGAAAAUAUUGCUUCUUUUGGCAUCAUCAUUUCCUGGUUGUGUGAAGCUGGAUGAUCCAGAUCGAAUCGUAUAUAAAUGCUAUCAAAGUCUUCAAAGACAUUCAAAUCAAAUUUCAAAAAAAAAUGGCAUCGAGAGAUUUGGCGAAGUGAUUCUGUUAAUUGGAAAUAUUCGGUGUGCGGUUAAACAUUUUUAUAACAUGACCAGAUCGACAGAUUUGUUUAGAAUUUAUAGAGAAGAUCAGUUUGUGAACUCAAUUUUGUUGAAUUGA